AUGAACAGCCUCUUCUCCCUCCGCUGCCUUCGCAGCGUCGCUCCGCAAACCACCGCCUCCUCUGCUACAUCUCAGCCCAGCACCAUCCUCCGCGCUCUCCAACAAUCCAGAUCAUUCAGCAGUACACCCGUCCCUCAAAAAAGGAAUCGCGGUGGCCCCAAGAAGGAUGCUCGCAUUCGUGAGUUCACUUGCCCCAUCACCUCACCAAAGACACUAUUCUCACGCGAUCGCUACCUCAGACACUGGACCAUCCACCGCGCAUGGCAGAUCUACAAGGCCCAGCAGCGCACACAGCACGAGCGCGACCUCGAACGCCAAUACCAGAGCAUGAGAGAUGCAUGCGAGGCCCUGCGUCUCAUGGACUCGACCGGCAAUAUUGUCAAAGAAGGAGAGGCUGCCGCACAAGGAAAGAACGUCGGAAGGUUGUACAGAAUCGCAAUGAUGAAGAAUGACAUCUGGGGUGGUGUACCCAUCGAGUACGCCCGCAUUCAGACCGACAGCCCGAGCACCGAUGGAUGGAACCACGGCUGGACG